UCAGAGAUCCUUCUUAAGCAGCUCAGAUGCCACAGCAGCAUCUCAGUGAAUCUGGAGUUGUCAUCAUGGCUGGUCUGUGUGGAGUGUCUGUCAGGCUGUCCUGGAUCUGCUGCCUGUUGAUCAGCUGUGUAACUUGUCUGCCUGCACGGAAAGGCUACAGCUCCAACAGUCCUGGUUAUGCACCCGGCGGCUCCAGCGGCUGGCCGGCCACUUCUGGCUCCAGUUACUCCAAUGAGGGGAUCUUCUCAGGCCCCCAGGCUGCAGGCUCCUACAGCGGUGGGUCCCAUGCUGGGUACGGGUCCCAUGCUGGGUACGGAGGAUACAGUAACGUGGGGGUCGGCUCUGCGGGCUCUGGACUCUAUGACUCCAACGUGGCGGCAGGUGGUGACGGUGAUGUGACUCAAAGCUCCCAGGAAGUCCUCAGUGACAUGUCAGACCUGGAGCCGGUCUACUCGUUCAGAUCCCGCUCCGGCUACCAGCAGGGAAGGGCCUCCUUCUCCCAAACCCGAUACAUUCCUGGAGGGGUCCAGUUGCCCCCGAUCCAACUGGUCCAGAGUGUCCCGGAGCAGCCCGCCCAGGCUCCAGCCAAGGCUCCAGCCAAAGGUUUCUACUGAGCUUCUUGAAGAUCCAUCUCUCUUCAGACGUUCUCUGGUGUUUAUAUUCAUAGACUCCGUCUUGGGGAAAAAUAAAGCUUUACUUUGAUAAAUUCA